AGGGAAACUGGAGAAUUGUAGUAGUCCUGCCACUAUCUGCAGGAGAAGAGAGAAGAGAAGGCACUGAGAGAGAAGUAGAAAAAGGCGAAGUUGGAGUCUUUCCAACACAGAGUGAAGCGAGAGUUAACAGUCAAUUCCAGUGAGACUGGGAGUGAACUGGGGCCAGACUGGUUUGCACACACGGUGAGCAGACUGACAAACACCAUGGCUGACAACGUGAACGACAGGCCGGAUUAUAAUCCCGGGAAAGAUGAGCUGGACUGGGGAUACGAGGAAGGUGUAGAGUGGGGGCUGCAUUUCCCUGCAGCCAACGGAGAGUAUCAGUCCCCCAUCAACCUGAACUCCAGAGAGGCCCAAUACGACCCGUCGCUGUUGGAUGUUCGCCUCUCUCCUAACUAUGUGGUGUGUCGAGACUGUGAGGUCAUCAAUGAUGGACACACGGUUCGCAUCAUACUCAAGUCCAAGUCAGUGGUUACCGGGGGUCCACUGCCAAGUGAUCACGAGUUUGAACUCCAUGAAGUCCGAUUCCACUGGGGGAAAGAAAACCAGAGAGGAUCAGAACACACUGUCAACUUCAAGGCUUUUCCAAUGGAGCUCCAUCUGAUUCACUGGAACAGCACCUUGUUCAACUCUCUUGAGGACGCACAAGGGAAGAAGAACGGGGUCCUCAACAUAGCUCUGUUUGUGCAGAUUGGAAAAGAGCACCUGGGUUUGAAAGCCAUCACAGAAGUUCUCCAGGACCUGCAGUACAAGGGAAAGAGCAAGAUCAUCCCAUGCUUCAACCCAAACACUCUAUUACCAGACCCACUGCUGAGAGACUACUGGGUGUACGAAGGCUCCCUGACCACGCCGCCCUGCAGCGAGAAGGUCACUUGGAUUCUCUUCCGCUACCCUCUGACCAUCUCCCAGUUACAGAUUGAAGAAUUUCGGCGACUGCGGUCACAUGUCAAAGGGGCAGAGCUGCCUGAGGGGAACGAUGGGAUGUUGGGGGACAACUUCCGUCCCACCCAGCCACUGAGUGACCGGACGGUUUUCGCUGCCUUCCAGUGACUCUCACCCGGCCAACAAAGAAACACUGCUCACCUGCAGCCACGCCAAGUGACGGGGGAACACAGAAGGUCUGAAAAGAUUCCUGCGGACAUGGAGAGAAGACCUUUGCUGGGAUGAUGACAGCACCACCACUCAUAACUCUUCAUCGUGGACAUUAUUUAACAUAGUGAAGAAAGCUGUGACGUGAAGCUAGUGAUUUCUGAAGUUCACUGGAGCUGAAUCAAUGCAGCAGGAUGACUGAAUGAUCUCUGAAGUGUUAUUUCCUCCUUUGUCUCCUCUGUCCAUGAAUAAAGAACAGUAUUUACUCAAUAUUACAAUACUAAGUGAAUGAUGAUAUAAUGACAAGAGGAAGAAGGGCCUUCCAAGAGACUCGGCACUAAUACAAAGAAAAUAUUAAAUUAGUUGCAGAGCUAACAUGCAUUUUUGUUCCAUUUUUAAUGAUGUGCUGAAGGAGUAGUUUUUGUUGUCUCCUGUUUUGUGAGAAGAGUGACGCUGAUGGAACUUUCCGCUUGAGUUAGAAAUGUUCAAAUGUGUUAAUAGCAACAGUCUUUGAGCUUAUAUAAAUAAUUUAAAUAAACACAGGUUUCAGGAAAGAGACUGGUGGCUUAUUAUGAUAUACAGCACAUACAGUAUGAACAUAAAAUGGACUUUAUUAAGGUGAGAAAAGGCUUUCUUCGUUGCGAAGGUUCUUCCAUGUGGCUAAAAGGUGUUGUUCAUUUCAUGUUAUUGCUCAACACUCGCAAACCCUUGAUCCCAGAUGCUGCUCAUGCUCAUGAUCUCAUCGGCGUAUCGAAAAUCAGCCUUAUAUCAACGAUGACAGCACUGACUGAAAUUCAUUUCGGCUGGUAAUGAGCUGAU